AUGGAGAAGGAUUCCACUGCUCACAGGAGGCACCGGCCUGGCCCCGGGGCCCUGCCCCCAGGAAUAGCCCCUGGACACUUCAAGGCGGCCAGUGAGGGGGCCGAGCUCCACAGGAGCAGAAGCGUGGGUGGCUUGCACCAGAAGGGGGACCCACCAAGCCGCAUCAGGAGACUGUGCAAGGGGUUAGAGUCUGAAGACCAGGGGAAAGACCCAAGAAGUGAUGCAGAUGAGGCCGAUUGCCAGGCAAACCUUGACGAAGACACAAAGGAAAAGAGUCAGGAUGCCCUGGGAAAACUGGCCCACAAGGGUGGGAAAAUGGAGUCAGAGACUGAGAAGAGUGACUCAGAGGCCAGCGCCAAGGAGGAGCAGGACGGAGCCUGCAUGGCAAGAUACACGCCAGAGACCAAGGAGCAAGAUCCAGAGUCUGUGAGGCUGAGCAGCCUUCUGGAAAAAGAGAAACCAUCUGUGUUUGUGGAGAUUGACCUGGGAGACAAUGCUGAGGAGGAGGUCAUGUGUGCCAUGAACGAAGAGAAGCAACCUGAGGUGGACACAGGCGACUUGUCAGAAGAUGAGACAAGGACCAGUUGGGUCUGCUGCAUCCCAUACCCUACGAGGAGGAGGGCAAGGGAGAACUCAGCAGCCCUGGAGAAGUGA